UUUCGUAGCGCCAUAAUAGCGCCAUAGCGGUGUAUACUUCGUCCCGCUUGUUCCGUCGUCCGUGACGCGACGCUUACCGACGCUCGGCGUCGUUUCAUCAAAAUCUGAUUAAUGGACGAUAUAUUCCUAUCACGAUUGUCCUCUCAGUGUGUUAAAAGUGCAAAUAUACUCCGAUCGAGUGGAGCCAAGGGAAGAACGACGUGAGACGCGUGAGUGCGUGUCUUCGUGGGUGCUGUACGGACGGUAGGCAGGAAAACAUGGAGAACAGGCCGGCGCCGCUUCGUUCCAGACGAGUCUGUCGGUUUUGUCUGACAGAAUCGGAACCGCUUAGCUACAUUUAUGAAAGGGACCACAGUAAGCCGUUUCAAGUGCCGCUUACUCUACAGAUCAUGUCGUGCGUCGCCAUCGAGGUGUAUGCAGCAGAUGGAAUGCCGCAGAUGAUAUGUGGUAUGUGUCGCUGGAAUCUAGAUCGUUCUUACAAGUUUAAACUUCAGUGCAAAAAAGCAGAUGAAGCACUCAGAGCGUACCCAUUGUCUGGUGUAUUACCAAGACCAUUUCCACCAAUUCCUAACGACCCCCCUGAAAUAAAUAACAAACGACCAUUAGAACAGCGUAAAGAUCGCGAUAGGGAAAGGGAAAGGGAGAGGGAUAGAGAAAGAGAAAGAGAGAGGCAGGCAGAAAAACAAAGAGAAAAAGACGAGGAACGUGACUUUUAUGAAGAAGGACAAGAUGCAGGUAGUGAAGGUGAUCAAGACACAAACAAUGUUAAAGAAGAACGGAAAUUAGAACCAGGUGAGAUAAGAGUACAUGCAUGCGAUCAGUGUGAUCGUACUUUUCCUUUGCGUCAAGCACUUGCUCUCCAUAUACAAAGAGCUCAUAGAGAUCGUAAUUAUAAAUGUACAGACUGUGAUCGUAUGUUUUUCUCCAAAUAUGAUCUAGGGAAACACAUGACAACACAUUCGGAAGAUAAACCUUUCUCUUGCCCAAUCUGUAACAAACAAUUUUCCAGAGCAACCUUAUUGCAACGUCAUGAGAAAGUUCAUAGAGAUGAAUUACGAUACGGCUGUCAGCAUUGUGACCGUGAAUUCUUUACAACCGAAGAAUUAGAGAAACAUGAAGAUGCCGUGCACAAAAAAGAGAAACCUUUUCAGUGUAACAUUUGCAACAAACGUUUUACCUAUAAACAAGGGUUAGAACGGCAUGAGGUGCUUCACAAUGAAGACAAGACCUUUGUUUGUGAGUACUGUAAGGAAGCAUUCCAUACAAGUACAAAAUUAGCUCGUCACUUACCAACUCAUGCUGGACACAGACCAUACUUGUGCAAACUUUGCCCUCGUUCAUUCUUACUAUCUCAUCAUCUAACUAGACACAUGCGUACCCAUUCUGUAGAAAAGCGUCACGUUUGCGAAGAUUGCGGUAAAGCAUUCAAACGUAAAGAGAGCUUGGAGGUACAUCAGCUAACGCAUACAAAACGCACAGGUAUGGGGUUGACUUGUGAUGUUUGCCAGGAAUCUUGCCGAAAUAGGGCCGAUUAUGUUACUCAUAUAAAACAACAUAUUGAAGCAGGUGAAAAAAUGGGACCGGAUGGAUUACAACCAGACACUAAAACUAAACUUGAUAUAGAGUCUGAUGAAGAGGAAGAGGAAGAACAAUAUACAGACGGGGAUGAUGAUUAUGAACCACCAGCAUAUAUCGUAAAGAAACUUCCAAAACCAAAACCUGACCGAUCAGAAAGCGAAGAAGAAACAGAAAGGACAAUAAAAGAAGAAAACCAAAAAGAACAAGUAGUAUAUCUACGACGUAAAGAUGGAAAUAUGAUUAAAAAGACAAUUAAAACGUUGAUGCCUAUUCAACGUAGAGAAGUACAAGAUCCAAAAGUCAAGCAGAGUCCAAAUAGCAGUCAGUCUCAACAGGUUGUAAAGAGUUCACAAUCUAAACCGACUGAGGAACCUGCAAAGACUUCUCGUGUAGAUGAAACAGAAGCACAAGUUCAAAAAAUUGUCGCGUCUGUAUUUAAAGAACAUAAGAUUCCUUUGAAACAUCAAAAUGUUGCUCAAGAACAAGGUAAAGAGUCACCUACAUCUACAAAUCAAUCCAGACCACCAGGACAGAGUAAUCCACAAAAUCAAAUUGUUCCAAAAGAUGAGAAGUCUGAAACUCCUGCUGCAGUCAGUGGUACACCAAAAGCUGUUAGUACUAUAAAGGUGAUAAAGAGAAUCGUUGUGAGAAAACCCAGCGGGGCUACUGAAAUUCCAAUAAGUGCAUCUACAACAAAAGAUGGAGAAGUAUCAGGGAUUACUUCGGAGUUGACUAGUUCAGGUCACAAGGUUACAAAACGAGUAAUUGUUCGCAGAAUUAUUCGACAAGGAGAUACUACGAGAGAAGUUAUUAUGAAUCCUGAUGGUACAUUAAUAGAUCCAGCAGAACUGGCAAAAUUACCAACUGGUAAUGUUGUGAAGAGGGUUGUUGUCAAAAAGUCUCUUGACAAACAUUCAGGUAUUGUUCAAGCAGUUUUGCAAUCAUCCACUGAUCAACGACCAUUACCAAACGCAAUAAAGAAUACUGAUUCUGUAGUAAGUGAACCUCCAAAAUUUGAGUUAAAAACAUCUCAGCCCACAAGUACACCAUCGUCAACCCCAAAAGCGACUGCAGCAACGGUUAAGAAACCUGCAUUAACAGGGGGUGAUCGGGAAACUAAAGAGAAAUUAGAACAGUUGGAAAAGAGAGUAGAGCAACAACGCUUGAAAAUUGAAGAAUUAGAAGCACGUAAACAACAAGAAUAUGAACCUAUGGAAGAAAUGUCACCAGAACGUCAUGAUGAAUCUGAAGAUGAACAACAACUACCACUAAAAAGAGUAUUUGUGAAGAAAAAGCAAAGUAUGUAUGAUGAAGAACAAGAAUAUAAUGACAAUGAUGUGACAACCACAACGCCCGUAACAACAACGCCUAUGACGACAUCGUUCAUAACAACACCCGCAGCUACAACUCCAGUGACAUUAAAAAAAGAAGAUCAACAAGUUGAACCAGAAAAAGAAAAAAUUGAAAUUGAAUUAAAGCAGGUAGAAAAUGUACAGAAAGAAUUUACAGUUACCCCGAAAAUAUCUAUAGUUACUCCGAAAACAUCUACAAUGAGCGGUAAAAAGCCGUUGAUAACUAGUUCUAAAGUUUAUGGAAAUAAGAAAAUUAUUGUUGUGAAAACAGAAGAAGAAUCAGAAGUGGAAGAGAUGAGUCGAGAAUUAUGUAGUAUAUUAGAUUCGUCCGAUUCUGUAGUGAAGAUGCAAGAAACAGUUUUAAGCAAUCUCUCUCAAAUAUCCACUGUUCCAGAAACUCCUGCAAAAAAUUACAAUGACAAACCAAAGCCUGGUUCUUCCAACGAAAAUAAUGACACAGUAGAGAAAAAAGAUAUAAUUGGAACUGAUUCUCAAGAACAAGAUGUAAUUAUUAAACUAGAAAGUUCUGCUUCAUUGGAGGUAAUAGAGGAUUCGCCAGAAUCAGAUGUAAAAAUGGAACCUGUUAUUGAAGAAACAGUUACAACAGAACAACCCGAGCAAAACACGAAUUUAACUUUAGAUGAACAAGAUCUUUCGGAAUCCACAGAUAUUUUUGAACCCUCAGACAAUGUGUUAGAAGUUCAAAAAAAUCAAUUGGGAGAUUCUGUGAUAGAACUUGGUCACGAGACUCAUACAAUAAGCUUAAAUGAUACUAAUGACAGUCAAGAUAGCCUUGAAGAUAAACUUCAACAAAUGGAAGGUUGAAUUUGUUGAAUGUUGUUAAACAUUUGCGAAUGUUGCUUUUGAUUAGAUCGUUGAUUUAAAAUAUACAAACUCUGAUUUGAUCAGUGUGACAUUUUAAUUACAGUUUCAUAAAUUCAG